UCGUACGGUGUAAGCACGUAUUAAAUGUUUUCCAUUUGUCGUUGUGAAAAGUCAGCUAACAUGAUGAAUUUCAAGAACAAAGUUGUUCUAGUGACGGGUGCCAGUUCUGGUAUCGGCGCGGCUGUGUCUGUAGCUUUCAGUGCAGCGGGAGCUAAAGUUGUUACCGUAGGACGGAAUGAAACCAAUUUAAAGGCAGUCGCGGCUAAGUGCAAGAAUCCCCUAGUAUUAAUCGGAGAUGUAAGAAACGACGACGAUGUAAAGCGUAUCAUGGACCAAACCAUCAAGAAGUUCGGCCAACUGGACAUCCUGAUAAACAACGCCGGACUCUCAGCACCCGGACACCUUCUGGAAACUGACGAAAUGAUGAAAGCUUACGAUGUCGUCAUGGACACAAACGUUCGAGCCCUCGUUCACAUGACAAGCGUAGCCGCGCCUCACUUAGCGAAAACUAAAGGGAAUAUCAUAAAUAUAUCCAGUGUGUCAGCGUUAAUGGCUCCGACUUUUCCGGGAACUAUAAAUUACUACAUAUCCAAAGCUGCUGUGACGCAUUUCGGUUCAUGUGCGGCUGCUGAGUUAGCUCCUCACGGUAUUAGGGUAAACACCAUAAGUCCUGGACCAACGCAGACGGAAUUCUUAACAAACGCCAAAAUUAACGCUGAUUGGGAACUUGUCAAGACGAAAAAUGCUCUCCAGAGGAUUUCGGAUCCGUCGGAAAUUGCUGAGUUGAUCCUAUUCGUGGCCAGUGACAAAUCCAAGGGUAUAACUGGCUCAAACUUCCUGAGUGAUAACGGUCUUUUGAUAAAACGCGGUUAAAUUGUAAAAAAAAAUUACAGUUAGUUCACAAAUUGCACAUUGGCGUGUUUCACAAUAUUAUUUAAGUGGAGUGUUGUACUCCAUUCAAGGCAUGCAUGUUAUUUAGCACAUUUACUAUUAAAUAAUUAGAGAAUAAUGAUUGUGUUUUUAUGUAGUUUUAAUGAUGAUGUGUUUUUAAAAAAGCCUUCAGAAAUAACUUAUCGUAAAUUGCAUCUUCAGUUUUGCAUCAGUCGGAAAUUAUGUCACUGUUAUAUCAGAUGCUUACACUGAAAAUCUUGUAUUUCUUCUGAUUUAUAAUACAUUUUUUCAACUUUA